GCGAUCGGAAGAUCGGAUUUAGACGAAGAGUCAUUCGUCGGGAGGCGGUAGGUUACCGUUGUGAGCGAUCGGAAGAUCGGAUUUAGACGAAGAGUCAUUCGUCGGGAGGCGGUAGGUUACCGUUCUGAGCGAUCUGAUGAUCGGGUUUUAGACGAAGAGUCGUUCGUCGGGAGGCGGUAGGUUACCGUUGUGAGCGAUCGGAAGAUCGGAUUUAGACGAAGAGUCGUUCGUCGGGAGGCGGUAGGUUACCGUUGUGAGCGAUCGGAAGAUCGGAUUUAGACGAAGAGUCAUUCGUCGGGAGGCGGUAGGUUACCGUUGUGGGCGAUCUGAGGAUCGGGCUUUAGACAAAUAGUCAGAAGGCAGUAGAUGAGUGGGGGUGCUGGUAGAGCCAGGGGAAGACAACGCCCUCGCGACGAGUUUGGGCGAUUUGCGCCAAGGGUUGAUCAAGCAAUUGUAGGUGGUAUCGUCGAAACCCUCAACCCGAGUAACCUUGUGCGAAGGAACGGGAGUCGAGUGGACGACUGUGUAGGUGUGCCAGGAGGAUUAUCCGGGUGGGAAGACCGUACACGGGUAAUAACGAGAGAAAGUAAUUUGGGGCAACAUAAAGCUAGUAUUAGCGAGGAAGAAACUGUAGCGUGGGCUGACGGCGAGGACAGCUCCAAUUCGGAAAGCAGUGAAGGUGAGUUAGAGUGGGAUUUUGAGGCUUUUCGGCGCAGAUCCUCGGUGGUAAGCGCUCGAUUGCUACGCAGCAGGGCCGCCAGAAAUCCUGUUGUAGCUGGGGUAGUCGCAACCCUUAAUCCCGUAGGGAUGGCGGCCCAGAUUAAAUUCCAGACUCCCCCCACAUUCACCGGGCGGGAUGGGGAAGACGUAGUAAGUUGGAUCCAUCGCUACGAAAAGGUGGGGAGAUACAACCGGUGGGGUGAAAACGAGCUCAGGGACCACAUCGAGCUGUCGUUAGAAGGGGCUGCGGGUAAAUGGUAUGCAUGCAUGGAGGCAUCAGGCAACCUUCCCGCUGCGUGGUCAGACGCACAGGGGCCCCCGGUGGUGGCAGGAGUAAAAUCAGCGCUGUUAACACAGUUUACGCCCGUAAACUAUGUGCAACAUAACGAGGUUAAACUGCGCGGGAGGAAGCAGGGAAUUGAAGAAUCGACCCUAGAAUACUACUACGAUGUGCUCGAUCUAUGCCGUAGGGUAGAUCCGCAUAUGGCUGAGGCCACGAAGCUAGCACGUCUCUGGCAGGGUUUGCGUCCUAGUGUCCUAGAAAAACUAUGGAGUUUAAAGCCCACCAACUGCAAUGAGUUUCUCCAAGAAGUAAAACGCUUCCAGGAAAUGACCGAUCGAGGGAAGCAAUACGAGUGGGCUAUGGGAGUUAUGGGAAGGGAGGAAAGACCCACGCAUGACCCAUCGCAGCAAGAUGCAACGGUAGAAACGAGGUUGGAAAAAAUCGAGAGAAUGCUGGGAGUUAUGGGAAGGGAGGAAAAACCCACGUAUGACCCAUCGCAGCAAGAUGCAACGGUAGAAACGAGGUUGGAAAAGAUCGAGAGAAUGUUGGAGGAAUUAAUGUAGAGAAGAAAAAGAGCGGCGUGAAAGCAGCCGGAGAAGGAGAAGCAGAGGGGAGGACUUGGCCAAGUUGAAGACCCAAUUGGUAGAGAAGAGCGACACUGCAUGGAAAUUCUUCGAUGGCAGGAGCGGUUGACUUGCUGAAAGUGGAAAAAUCCCCCAACUUAUGUUAUUUUAUGAACUCAUGUACUUUUUUUUUUUUUUUCUCUCUCUCUCUCUCGGUUGAUGUUUGGCAAGGUAUUGUCUUUGUAGAGUGUAGAGGGGUCAAAUGUUACCCAUGGUAUGUUGAGUUUUUGGGAUAUAGAGUCUUAUAGGAAAGUAAUAGCGGUCGGGACGACUCGCUAUCUAGGGAGGGAGAUGUCGCGGUUAUUUGAGGCCCCAUGGACUAGUUGUCACGUCCGGCGCUUCUGUAUCGGCUAUUGACCGCAACUCUACCCGAGAUGUCCGG